GGGGAGGUGGGGGUGGCCACCAAGGCCUCCAGGAGAUGGUGACUUGAGUCAAGGCUUCAAGGAGGGGGGGCGGCGAGGCCUGGGGCUGCCCGAGGGAAGAACGUUCUGGGCAGGGGGAACAGCAAGAGACAGAGCACGUCUGGUGGCGGUGCACAGAGCCCCACGUCAGUCACGCCGCCCAGAUCACACAGCUGGUCAAGAGUGGAGGGACCCGUGAAAACAAACAAAAAACUAACAAACCACAGAGCCGCCAAACUUCCCAUGAAGCUGAAUUUCUUCUCUACGGCUUCCCCCUGCCCCCGCCCCCCAUUUUCCGGGACUGAGUUCUGAGAUAAUAAGAACCUGCAUUAACUGAACUUUCAGCACGUACCUAGUACUGCCCCGGGUCCUGCCGGCCAGGAGCGCGUUCGUCCUCACGACCCUGCCAAGUGGGAACCGCUCCUUAUCCCCGCCUUACAGACAAGGAAACUGAGAUACGGAGGGGUGAAGCGACCGGCCCUCCCGUCAAACCUCGUAGGGUAGCGGUUGAACUCCGGGGAGCUGGGUCCAAACCCCGAGACCAGGGGCAGGUCGCCCCCGGCACCGCGUUCUCUCCACUCCCAGGUGAGGGGGUUGGCGUACUUCAAGCCUCAGUUUCCUCCUCUGUACAGCAGGGUUGACGAUAGCCCCCGCUGCGGCCAUCUGGGGGCCUUGCAAGUGUCGAAAUGACACUUGAGUGCAGAUAAAAUGCUUCGCACUGUGCUCCUCACAUAAGGAUGUCACACACAGCAGCUACAAGUUCCAUGAUGAUGAUGGUGCGUCCGGCCGGUCGCCGAGGGCCAGGCCAGCUUGGGACCUCCGUGGUUCUAAGAAGCCCUCACGGGCCUCGUCCAAGCAUUUUGGCAGUCGGCACACAGCCACGCCUCAGGAGGCACCAAGCCCGCGUGCCCGUGCAGGUGGCCAGGCCUGGCCGAGGGGGGCCGGGGGGGCUGGAACUGAACUUCUGUCAUGCUUGCCUGUACAGACAGGCCUGCCACCUCCGGAGGAAGGGGCCCCUCCUUGAAUUUUUUUCCCUUCCUCUCAUUUUCACAAAGAUACUAGAUGGGCCGGCGGGGGCCCUAGCGGGUGCUGUUUUUCUAUCCACUCUCCUCACAACACUGGCGACAGCAAAUACGUGGGGUUUUCCCACACCGACCAAGGCUCUGACGCCAGCUGGGCGUCCUGCAGCUCAGCUCAAUUCUGACCCUGUCUCCCUGGAGGUACCGUCAGAUCCCACAGGUUAAGGACUCAGUCCCGUGAGACCGCCCGCUUCGGAUGUCAGUCACCCACAAGCCUGGGCCUCUGACCAGCUGUAAAUCGGGGUUUCCCAUGCCCCCCCCCUUCAGCUUUGAAAAUUUGCCAGGGUGGCGCAUGGAACGGAGGGAGACGCUUACUUAGGGUUUACCGGUUCAUUGUAUAAUAAAGGAUACGGUAAUACAGGCGAAUGGCCAAAUGAAGGAGAUACAUAGGGCGAAAUCUGGAGAGGCCCUGAGCACAGGACCUGCCGUCUCCCCGGGUUGGGGUUCACCACCCUCCUGUCCCAUGGAUGUUCACCGACCUAGAAGCUCUCUGAACCCCACGGGCUAGAGAUUUUCAUGGAAGCCUCAGCACGUAGUCACGAUCCGUGAUUAACUCAGUCUCCAGCCCCUCUCCCCUCCGUGGCGGAGGGAUGUGGGCUGAACGUUUCAAGCUUCCACUCAUGGUUUGGUAUUUCUGGUGACCGCCCCCCAUCCCGAAGCUUUCCAGGAGACUACCAAGGUCACCUCACUAGAACAAAAGAUGCUCCUGUCACCCAGGAAAUUCCAAGGGAUUGAGGAGCCCUGUGUCAGGGCUCAGGGUCAACCACCAAAUGUUAGCAACAAAGAUGCUCCCAGCACCCUUAUCACUUGGGAAAUUAGAGGAGUUUGAGGAGCUCUGUGUCAGGAAUGGGGAUGAAGACCAAUUAUGUACGUAUUUUUUAUUGUAUCAUAAACAUCACAGCUAUAAACUGGUCCUUCAUCGUGAGGGGCUAUAGUCCAGAACACCGGCUUUGUUUUUUGGGGUUGUUGUUGUUGUUAAUGUUUAUUGAUUUUUGACAGAGCGUGAGCAGGGGCAAGGGCAGAGAGAGAGAGAGACAGAAUCCGAAGCAGGCUCUGGGCUCUGAGCGCUCAGCACAGAGCCCGAUGUGGGGCUCGAACCCAUGAACCAUGAGAUCAUGACCUGAGCUGAAGUCGGACACUUAACCAACUGAACCACCCAGGUGUCCCCAGAAUACAGACGUUGUCACCACACUUUUCUGGUAUCAGAUUUCAGCCCUCCUAUUAACUGGCCACACAUCUCUAACUCAAGUCUGUCCGUUAAAAAUGGGGAAGCCAGGGCGCCUGGCUGGCUCAGUCGAUGCAACGUUUGACCUCAGAGUUGUGAGUUCGAGCCCCACAUUGGGUGUAGGGAUUACUUAAAAUCCUUAAAAUGGGGAAGCUAAGCACUACCUUGUAGGAUAGUGAUGAGGAGCAGAGGAGGUAAUACAAGGAAGGUACUGGAUCUUAAGGGUCCCAGGGGGCCAGCGGCUACCUUGGAAGGGAGUGGGAAGCCUUUCUCUCUUGUCACUUUACAGCCAGAACUGGACCCCAGGCCACAUGCAGGGAGGCUGGCGGGGGCAGGGGCGCUUCUGCAGGAUUCCCGACCCCUGUGCAAUGUGACAAUGUUACGGGGAACACCUGGCCUGGUACUGCUGUGUGCCUAGCACUUGGGGCUGUUAGAACUUUUGAAUAUCACCCCUCCCCCCCAUUGCCACCUUCCUCCUCCAGGAGGAAUCAGAGCACGAAGUGGGCUGUGGCAGGGAGGCCUUUCAGCCCAGAUGCUAAAGAGCCUUUGGGGGCGGGUAAUGAGGAACCCCAGAUGCGGUAUAUCUCAGAGGACAUGUGUGACCCAGGGCAUUUGGAAGGAGAGUGUUCCUGGGUUUCAUGCAGGGUGGACGAGGGGCCCAGAGCUCUGCCCUCGGGUCUGUAGGUCUGGCUCUGUGAUCAGCGCCCCCCCCCCGCCCCGGUUAUUAUCAGCUGUGUGUGACUUUGGCUAUGUCACCGUACGGCUCUGGAACUUGGAUCUUCAACUGAAAAACGGGACCCCAAAGCCCUGACUGUGCCCACAGUGGCUGUGAGGUGCUUUCUGUGCAGUGACCACAACGGCUCAAAUUUGGGGUGCCUGCUAUUCCUUUCGGAUGAGCCUUCUAGCAAGAGGUGAGGUAGGGGGUGUCUUUCUCUCCACCCCCCCCCCUUUUAAGCCAAAGUUCCAAAGCCACCAGCUUUCAGAGUAAGGAGUGGGACCCAAGCCUCCUCACUCUCGGUCUGGCGGCCUUUUUCCAGUGCCCUCCAGAGAUGGCAGCGAGCUGGCACGUAUGUAUGAACCCGUGGUCUUUGGUGGUCACCUGGCACCAGAAACCCCCUCUAAGAUUUGUGGGCCUGGUGUGUGUGUGUGUGUGUGUGUGUGUGUGUGCGCGCGUGUGUGUGCGUGCAAUCCUCUCCUAAGUGGAAUAUCUAAGCAGUUUGGUCCAAUGAAAAAAAAAGCUCUAGCAAAUCUAUUUUGAUGUGGAAAUGAGACUCUUAUAAUGAAAGACAACAUGCAAAUCUUUGAUUUUCUUUGAGCCCCGAAGAUUGGGCCAAAGGGACUUGAGACUGAUCCGAGAGGCUCCCCUGGACCUAUGGGACUGAACUACGCCACCGCCGUCGUGUUGUUUUGAGAAGGAAGAGGCCCCACAGAAGGGACUCGCUGAGCCAGCCCCCGCUCUGCUCCAUGUUGACUGUGCCCUCAGGCUGGCGCCAUGCCCCCCCCAGCAGAGGUGACGGACCCGUCCCAUGCCCCCGCCGUCUUGCGCCAGCUCAACGAGCAGCGGCUCCGUGGCCUCUUCUGUGACGUCACCCUCAUAGCUGGAGACACCAAGUUCCCCGCGCACCGCAGUGUCCUGGCCGCGUCUAGUCCUUUCUUCAGAGAGGCCCUGCUUGCUUCGGCUCCACUGCCCCUCCCACCAGUGACUGGGGGCCCUGCCCCCAACCCGGCCACCACCACAGCUGCCUCUUCCUCCUCCUCCUCGUCCUCCUCGUCCUCCUCUUCUUCCUCUUCCUCCUCGUCUUCUUCCUCUUCCUCGUCUUCUCCCCCUCCGGCCUCACCCCCGACUUCCUCCCCACCCCGGGUCCUGGAGCUGCCGGGGGUCCCAGCCGCCGCCUUCUCUGAUGUCCUCAACUUCAUCUAUAGCGCCCGGCUCGCGCUCCCAGGCGGCGGAGGGGACGGGGCAGCGGUGGCAGAGAUCGGGGCUCUGGGGCGGCGUCUGGGCAUCUCCCGCCUGCAGGGCCUGGGGGAGGGAGGCGAUGCCUGGGUACCUCCUGCCCCAGCCCCCAUGGGCAGCUCGCAGCCUGAAGACGACAGCUUCGGGCCCGGGCCUAGGCCGGCAGGGGACUGGGAGGGUGACAGGGCCGAGGCCCAGGCCUCUGACUCCCAGCCCCCGCUGUCCCGGCGGCCCCUCCCCUGCCCCCGAUGUGGGAAGAGCUUCAUCCAUCCCAAGCGGCUGCAGACCCACGAGGCUCAGUGCCGACGGGGGGCCGGCCCUCGAGGGCCUGCGGGGCUGGGCUCCGGGGGCUCCGGCCCCAGUGGUCCUGCAGGAGUGGAUGCCUCAGCCCUGCCCCCGCCGGUGGGCUUCCGAGGUGGCCCUGAGCACGUGGUGAAGGUGGUGGGUGGCCACGUGCUGUACGUGUGCGCGGCCUGCGAGCGUUCCUACGUGACCCUGUCCAGCCUGAAGCGGCACAGCAACGUGCACUCCUGGCGGAGGAAGUACCCCUGCCGCUACUGUGAGAAGGUGUUCGCCCUGGCUGAGUACCGAACCAAGCACGAGGUGUGGCACACUGGGGAGCGCAGGUACCAGUGCAUCUUCUGCUGGGAGACCUUUGUCACUUAUUAUAACCUGAAGACCCACCAGCGAGCCUUCCAUGGCAUUAGCCCCGGCCUCUUAGCCAGUGAGAAGACACCCAAUGGAGGCUACAAGCCCAAGCUCAAUACCCUCAAGCUGUACCGCCUGCUCCCCAUGCGGGCAGCCAAGCGGCCCUAUAAGACCUACAGCCAGGGAGCCCCCGAGGCCCCCCUUUCUCCAAGCCUCAACACGCCGGCCCCUGUAGCAAUGCCUGCCAGCCCACCACCCGGCCCCCCACCCGCCCCCCAGCCCGGCCCCCCACCCUCUGUUAUCACUUUUGCCCACCCAGCUCCCUCGGUCAUUGUGCACGGGGGCGGGAGCGGUGGUGGAGCAGGGGGGGGCCCGGCCAGCACCGGGGGAGCCCAGGCUGCCUCGGUCAUCACUUACACCGCUCCCCCGAGGCCCCCCAAAAAACGUGAGUACCCGCCUCCUCCCCCUCAGCCUGCAGCCACACCGACCAGCCCCGCCACGGCGGGUAGCCCGGCCACAGCCGCGGGGCCGGCCACAGCCACGGAGGAGGCCAAGGGCCGGAACCCACGGGCCGGAAGGACACUGACCUACACGGCCAAGCCAGCCGGCGGGAUUGGCGGGGGUGGGGGUCCCCCCGCGGGGCCUGGCCGGGGCCCCUCUCAGCUACAGGCUCCACCUCCACUGUGUCAGAUCACUGUGCGAAUCGGGGAGGAGGCCAUUGUCAAGCGCCGCAUCUCAGAGACUGACCUGCGUCCCGGGGAGCUGAGCGGAGAGGAGGUGGAGGAGAGCGAGGACGACGACGACGACGAGGACGACGACGACGACGAGGACGACGACGACGAGGACGACGACGAGGAAGCGAGCGCCGGCGGGGAGGACCAGCUCUGGAGGCCCUACUACUCCUACAAGCCCAAGCGCAAGGCCGGAGCCGCGGGCGCGGGCAGCACCGGGGGCAGCGCGCUGCCCAGAGGCCGCCGGCAGCCCCGCUGGAGACAGAAGUCGGAGCGCCGGAGCUGGGAGGACACCCCGGCGGCGGCGGCGGCGGCGGCGGCGGCGGCGGCGGCGGCGGCCGAGGGCCCCGCGGGGCGCGCCCGGGGCGAGCGGAGGCACCGCUGCGGGGACUGCGCCCAGACCUUCGCCACCCUGCGGAAGCUGCGCAAGCACCAGGAGGCGCACGGCGGCGGCGCGCACGGCUCCCGGGCCGGCCGGCGGCCCUCCACCCGCUUCGCCUGCCCUCACUGCGCCAAGGUGUGCAAGACGGCGGCCGCCCUGAGCCGCCACGCGCAGAGGCACGCCGCCGAGCGGCCCGGGGGCACCCCCACGCCCGUCAUCGCCUACUCCAAGGGCAGCGCUGCCACCAGACCCGGGGAUGUCAAGGAGGAGGCCCCCCAGGAGAUGCAAGUCUCCUCUUCCAGCGGGGAGGCAGGGGGCGGGGGCGCGGCCGCGGAGGAAGCUUCCGAGACCGCGUCUCUCCAGGACCCUGUCAUCUCCGGGGGUGAGGAGCCCCCGCUGGUGGCAGGAGGGGGCACCUAUGCCUAUCCGCCCGUGCAGGAAUUUCCACUGGCUCUGAUCGGGAGCGGCAGGGAACCUAGUGGUGGGAGGGGCAAAGCGGGGAGCGAGGGCCCGGUGGGGGCCGGGGAGGGGGACCGCGUGGAGGGGAUGGGGGCCGCCAAAGUCACCUUCUACCCCGAGCCCUACCCACUGGUCUAUGGCCCCCAGCUCCUUGCCGCCUACCCUUAUAACUUCAGCAACUUGACCGCACUCCCGGUUGCUCUCAACAUGGUCCUACCUGACGAGAAGGGUGGGGGCGCCCUCCCCUUCCUUCCAGGGGUCUUUGGCUACGCAGUCAAUCCUCAAGCAGCACCCCCUACGCCCCCGACUCCACCUCCCCCGACUCUUCCUCCCCCAGUCCCCCCUAAGGGAGAGGGGGAAAGGGCGGGGCUUGAGAGAACCCAGAAGGGAGAUGUGGGGUGAGCUCUGGGCCCACCUCCCCCCUUUCACCAGAUGCCACCCUCCCUGAACCCCCUGCCACUACCAGCUCCCUGGCUUCCCUGCCCCUUGGGAGCCCCUCCACACUCUUGUGCAGGGACUUGGGGGCCCCUGGAGCUCAGGGGUCAGGCUGCUUUGUGUGAGAUUGUAGUUUUCCCGUCUCCCGGGGAGGGAUCUUUGGUGGCUCCCCUCUCGGUUCUCCUCCAGGGAAUGGCCUCCGCGAGGGGCAGGGCCAGCCCCCAUCCCUUCUUCAGCCCUUGGGGCAACUGAGCAAUAUACUUCUAGGAAUCUCUACUCACGGCCCCCACCAGCUCUGAAUGUCUAACCCACCCUCCUGAUUCGUAAACCCGGGGGAGGGGGGGGAACCAUCUCUCUCGCCUAGUGACCUCCCCUGGUUGUGCAGCUUUCUCCAAGCCCCUGCCUAGAUGCUUCCUAGCACAUUCCAUUCUCUGUGGCCCAGGGCCUGGACCAGACCAUUGUGAUACCCGACACCCACCCAUCUGGGAGCUUGGCUCCAGGUUCCAUUCUUCCCAGGGGUGGGGUUCUGUGUCCCUGUUCCCUUCACGUUAAGACGCCAUGCCUUCUUUGGCUUCCAUGCCUUUGGAUCUUCCACAUUCCUCCUCAUUCUCCUAGACUCUGGAGAUGGCCUCUUCCCAUCCAGGUCAAGGAGGUGUUGGGGGGAGGGCUACCCAUCUGUUCCACGGCUGAGCACUUCCCCAGCCCAGGGCAGCACUAAUCUCAGCCCUAUCUUGACCCUCAAAUCCAGUGAGCCCCAGAUUCUUCUUCCAAGGCAAAGAGGUGAGUAGAUCACACCUCUCCCUGCCUCUACCUAUGGCCUCUUCUGGGCUAAAUCAGAUUUGGGGGCCAGGAGGGAGGAGCUCCAUAUGGGAUGGGGAAGAGAAUCUACUUUCUCCCUGGUUUUUUGUUUUUUGGUUUUUUUUUCCUGAUGGUUUCUCCCAGACUAGACCAAAUAGCCAGAAAAGUGAUGGGGGGUGGAUGGGUGGGUAAGCCCAAGAUUUGCACAUGACCUCCCGUCCUUACUUUUACCUCCAUCUUCCCCAGUGUCGCUUCCCUCACCAUUCACUCCAGGUGGUUUUUGGGGAACCAUCCUACUCCCUUGGUGGGCUUUGGGGUAUCCCCACCAGUCUUUCCUCCAAAAUAGCACCUUACACCCCAUCUUUGACUCAGUUCCCCACACCCAAAGAUCCCAGCCUAGGGAUGGGGUGCAGGGACCCGAAACAGUCCCUAAUCCCUAAUUUGCACUAGUUAACCCUGGUCAGGGGUCCGUAUGUUUCCUUCCAGCUGGGGAGUUGAAGAAACGUUUGCUCCUAAUUCUCUUUGAUGACCGGGCGUCCCCACUCUGUGAUUGGAUGAACAUUUCCCAUCCCACCCACCUCCUCCCCGCCCCUCCCCCCCCAAUAAAAACAGCUCACAAGGGGAGAGCCAGUUUGGGGGAGGAAAUUUGACAAUGGGAAUUACAGGAGUGCAGUUUAAAAAGGGGAAAGGCUGCCGUCACCUAAAUGGCAGCUUUCUCCCAGCUACUGUUUUCUGGGGCCAAGACGGCCGCCCUCUCAACGAUGCUGAAAGGGCAAGACCAUGGCUUUUGGAGGGAGGUGAGCGCGAGGGAAGGACCAGGAGCAUCUGACCCUCCUAGCAUAUAGGAAGGGGGAGGUUUCUGACAGGCUCCUGAAUGUUAACCAUGGAGGAGUAUCACUCCUCCACUCCUCCUCUGUCUCUUUGCACUUUUCUUGGUCUUGGCCACAGUCCGAGUGAAGAGUUUCCUACUGAAUGUACCAAGUUCCAAUUUUUAAGGGGGAAAAAUGCUUAAAACGGGAAAAUGCAAAAAAAAAAAUCACUAAAAAAUUCCCACAAAUCUUGUUUCUGGCACUUUAGAAAAACUGCGAAAAAAGAACAUAAUAAAAAAUACAUAUAUAUAUCUACACACAAAUUUUAUAUAUAUAUAUCUACACACACAUAUAUAUAUACACCUACACACACACACACACACACACACACACACACACACACAUACACACAGCGGAACCACAAGAGAGACAGAAAGGCCUUGGAGGCAGGGAGCAGAUGCUACAAUUGCUUCCCCUAGAUCCUUAACCUGCACUCCUCUGAGGCCAAAAGGCACAGGAAAUGGAAGGAGGUGAGGGUGGACCGGGCAAUUCGAAUUUCAGAACAGGUCAAAAUUCCAAAACUGUGGACAUUUUGGGAGAACUGAGAUUGUAGACUUUUUUUUUUUUUUUUUUUUUAAUGACGAUUUAGGAAAAUAGUUUCCAGAAUGUGGUCGUUCUGGGCAAUCAAUGAGAUUGUGGCAAAAUUGGAGAUUAAAAAUAUGUAUCUGAGCUGGGGAACCUGAAUAUUGUGAAUUUCAGAGGUUGGAAAUUUGGGAUUUUGCAAUCUCGUCUUCUGAAAGUCAUUCGGGUCUUGUCAGUUUGUGCCCUCUUUCCCCAUGCUCCCUGGGAAGAGGGGUGACGGAGGAAUGGGAAGGCCACUGGUUCUGUGCCACAGCACGCAAGGUUUAGAAUUCUACAGACUAUAGCUCUAUAUGUAGUGAGGACCCAGAUUUAGAGAAACUGACCAAUAUUUAUCUCCGCAUCUGUGUGUGUGUCCAACUCUCUAGGCCAAUAAACCAACAAGACAAACAAA